GCAAGCCCCGCGCUUGCCCGUCCCUCCCUUUCACCCAUCAUUCGACGUGAAAAUUUCGUACAGUUCGGUCAACUGUCAAUUCUAUUGUAAACCAGCCCAACUACUUGGAGAACGUGUAAGCGAGUGAACUAUGGCCCGUACCAAGCAAACUGCCCGUAAGUCGACCGGAGGCAAGGCGCCUCGCAAGCAGCUGGCCACCAAGGCGGCCCGCAAGUCGGCGCCCUCCACCGGAGGCGUCAAGAAGCCCCAUCGCUAUCGCCCUGGAACCGUGGCCCUGCGCGAGAUCCGUCGCUACCAGAAGUCCACCGAGCUGCUCAUCCGCAAGCUGCCCUUCCAGCGCCUGGUGCGUGAGAUCGCCCAGGACUUCAAGACCGAUCUGCGCUUCCAGUCGGCGGCCAUCGGAGCCCUGCAGGAGGCCAGCGAGGCGUACCUGGUCGGCCUCUUCGAGGACACCAAUCUGUGCGCCAUCCACGCCAAGCGCGUCACCAUCAUGCCCAAGGACAUCCAGCUGGCCAGACGCAUCCGAGGCGAGCGCGCCUAAGUGCCCAGGUCCGCCAUCUUGGAUUGGGAAAGCAGUGGCGGCAAAAACACCAACCCACAGCUGUCGCUCGGAGGAGGGGGAAUCGAAAUGGAAUCGGAGGUGGGGAGGCGGAUUCCCUCAGCAGCAGCAGCAGCCGCCGCUUAGUUCUAAGCUCUAUCUAUACCUACCGAUAAGUAACAAAUAAACAAUGUUCUAAUAAAUCGAAUCAUUUCUGUUUUGUAA